CACGAGCUUAGUUAACACGUCGUGAUACCAGUGUGUUACGGUGAAAACAACAUCGCGUUCAGAUCUCUUCUUCUUCUUCAUUCAUCCAAAUAUUUCUCAUUUCUGAAACCGAUUCGAUUCAACCACCAUUCUCUUCCAACAAUGUCGAAACCCUACAUUCCCUUCCUCCUCCUCUUCUCCACCCUCCUCCUCCUCUCCCCCUCCACCGCCGAAAUCAAAUCUCUCACAAUCAACUCCGACAGCCGCCCCAUGAUCCUCUUCGAAAAAUUCGGUUUCACCCACAAAGGCCACGUCACCAUCGCCGUCUCCUCCGUCGCCGUCGCCGUCCUCUCCUCCGCCUCCCAGCCCGAAUCCUCCCGUCUCGGAUUCUUCCUCCUCAACGAAGAAACCCUCCUUCAAGUCCUCAUCGAGAUCCAACAAAACCCUUCCUUCUGCGUCCUCGAUUCUCACUACAUUUUCCGUCUCUUCACCUUCCGUGACCUUUCACCUCCUCCAUCCGCCUCAUUCAACCGCUCUUACCCCGUUACUUCCCCUAACGAAUACAGUCUCUUCUUCGCUAAUUGCGCUCCUCAAACCUCCGUUUCUAUGGUCGUUCGCACCGAGAUUUUCAAUCUCGAAUCGGACGGUUCCAAGGACUAUCUCUCCGCCGGACAAACUCAACUCCCUUCCAUGUUCUUCCUCUUCUUUCUCGCAUACCUAACUUUCUUCGUCUUCUGGGUUUACACUUGUUACACCAAUAAACAUUCCGUUCACAGAAUUCAUCUUUUAAUGGCGGUUUUGCUUCUCAUGAAAGCUUUGAAUCUUAUCUGUGCUGCAGAGGAUAAGCAUUAUGUUAAGGUCACUGGUUUACCUCAUGGAUGGGAUGUGUUGUUCUAUAUUUUCCAGUUCAUUCGUGUUGUUGUGUUGUUCACUGUUAUCGUUUUGAUCGGUACCGGUUGGUCUUUUCUUAAGCCGUUUUUGCAGGAUAGGGAAAAGAAGGUGUUGAUGAUUGUGAUCCCUCUUCAAGUUUUGGCUAAUUUGGCUUCUGUUGUGAUUGGUGAGACUGGUCCUUUUAUCAAAGAUUGGGUUACUUGGAAUCAGGUGUUUUUGCUUGUUGAUAUUAUUUGCUGUUGUGCUAUUAUUUUCCCCAUUGUUUGGUCGAUAAGAUCGCUUAGGGAAACAUCGAAAACCGAUGGAAAAGCUUCUAGAAAUCUUGCAAAGUUGACACUUUUUAGGCAGUUUUAUAUUGUUGUUAUUGGGUAUCUGUAUUUUACGAGAAUAGUUGUGUUUGCUUUGAGAACUAUUGCUGCUUAUAAGUAUCAAUGGGUGAGUAGUGCUGCUGAAGAAACUGCUAGUCUUGUUUUCUAUAUUGUUAUGUUCUACAUGUUUAGACCUGUGGAGAAAAAUGAGUACUUUGUUCUUGAUGAGGAGGAAGAGGAAGCUGCUGAAAUAGCUCUCAGGGAUGAAGAGUUUGAGCUUUGAAGUUUCUGUUUAUGGAAUUUUGCAUCCAUCCCUUUUUUGUAGACCUCUGUCAUAUCACAAAUAUCAGGGUGAAUUUGAUACUGUAUUUGUGGUGGUUAAGGUUGUUCCUCUUAUCCGUUUUAGCUUUUACUCUUUUCUUCAUUGUUACCCUAUAUCCCCUCCAAGCCUUGAGAUCAAAUGUUAAGAGUAUAAAAAUGUCUAUAAAGGAAUACUCGAUACUUCCUGUAUGUUUAGUUUCCUUUUGUUGAUGAUGUUGUUGUCGAAUUAUGAGGGAUACACAAAGCUUAUAUGUAUGUAUCUUGAGAAAUUGUACACUCAGUUAUUACUGAAUUGAUAUUUUACUUAUCAUUCUUAUGUGGAA